AUCAUGUCCGCCGCUCUUAAAAUCCACAGAUUUCAUGUCUUUCUGCUCCUGUAUUUAAGCAAUAAAGAUGCAUGCUUGUCUGAAUGGGUAUUGUAAUUGGAACUGGAUUUCCUUCAAAUUGAUUGUUUAGGGGUGUGUUUGGCUCAUUGCCUUUUCAGUAAUUGUGAAAAAUUAAUUUGUGUCUUUGGAAUUUCUACUCUAAUUUAAAUUUCAAAAAACUAGUUGUGGUGGGCAUUGGAUAGAAAGAGGUCAUUUGCAUUCAAAUGAGUAUUUAUUAUUUAUUUUUGGAAAUUCUACGAAGAGUAGAAAUCGCAAAAGUCGCUAAUUAUUUUUCUUGCUUUCCAAGCCAAACGAGCCAAACAUAUUCUGCUAAUAGUUUUUUUGAAUUCCUCCACGUUUUAAUCAUUAUUUCAGAUUCUUUCAUUCAAAGAGAAUGGAGGUGAAGCUGGUCAUAGUUUUUUAAUUUUCUAUGAAGUGAAACCUAAGUUAACCUCAGUUCUUGGACAUCAACUCUUUGAAAUAAAAUGGAAUUGUAAUCUAAAAACUUCAACCUGUUUAAAGAGCAAUACUCUAGCAGAAUGUGGCGGAUCAAGCUCAUUCAUGCAUCUGCCCUUACCUAUCUCUACAACCUGUUGAUGUAGACAGGCCAAACUGUGCCCAUCACUAUGGAUAGGGCACAACCUAAAAAUCAAAAUGACCUGAUGACGCAAACAAAUGGGUGGUUAUAAAGGAAAAUGUUCGACAUCCAAAUUCAACAGGCAAAAUGCUUGUUGGCUUGAGUCAUCAGAUGGUUGGGAUAUUCUGGUCAAUGUGAUUUUUUGGGCUAUAUGCCCCAUCCACAGUGGGCCAUCAAUUUCGAUCUUAUGUUUGAUUAAAAUGUAUGCAUCAUGUUCAAUGGAAGCAAGCAUGAGUAUGAUCUGGCCUAGUCUACCAGUACAUCAUAUACUUCCUCAUGUUAAAAAAUGGUGACAUUAAUUAAUGUUUUUUUCCUUGCUGUCCAAGAAAACAAAACUGCUUUUCUGUUGUUUUUUUCCCCUCUCCUUCUAAUGGAAGUGGAGUCCUGAGCAAACACGAAUUUCUUUUGUUGGCCUAAUUGUUUAAAUUGUUACUAAGAUCCCAAAACUCUGACUAAUUUCAUUCAUGCUUGCUUUUGAAGAAACAGUGAUGCAACCCUUGAUUUUUUUGUUUUUCUCCUAUCAUGGAAGGGAAACCUUGAAUUCUUCAACUUGGUGGGAUUCCUUCUGAGAAGCAUCCAGUGGGAACUGGACAUGAGUAUGUUGGAGGCGGGGACAUGCUCAAACCAAGGGAAGCUGAUAUACCCGCGUUGUUUCUGGUCUUGGUUGUGCUUCCGCUGGUCGCUUACAUUUUACUCGGGAAAUGGAAUGAAGCUGCUAAAAAGAACGCGCGGAUAGGUAUGCUUGCUCAAUUGGCAGCUGAAGAAGCUUUCAGGGUAGAAGCGAUGGCUACUGCUAGUGUGAUCCCAGUUGGGUCUUCUUCAAAGACUGGGUUUCAUCAGUGUGCUAGAUGCUUUGCUCCCGCCACUACUCGCUGCUCAAGAUGCAAGUCGGUCCGAUAUUGUUCCGGGAAGUGCCAGAUUGUUCAUUGGAGGCAAGGUCAUAAGCAAGAAUGCCUGCAGUCGGAUGAUAGCAACUCACAUUGGUCUUCCGAUCUUUCCUCAAUCAAGGGAUCCAUUCACCAGAGUGUUCUGUGGAAUGAGAAUCCAAAUUCAUCAUUCUUCAAAUCUGAUAUCAAGGAGCCUAUGCUGGAUGCGAUCCCUCCAGGCAUAUCACUUCAUCCUUCAAUUGCAACUUCGGCUAAUGCUGCCACUACUGGUACUGCAGCCGAUGCAUCUCAAGUUUCGCAGGCGGAGAGAAAGCUUUCAGAUAGAUGGGCUUCUUCUAAAUUUAAUAGAGAUAUCUUGAAAUGCGACGAUACUGCUUCAUUUGGUUCUUUAGAAGGCAUCGAUGGCAGCGGAGCCAACAUUCCAACUUUAAACACAACUACCAUGGCUACCUUUCCUCAGUCGAAGGAAACUCCAAUGAGAAAUAAGUUAGGAAAUGGCAACUCUGUUGCUUCCUCUGGUGAUAUUCAGAGCAGCCCUUCCAAUUCUGUCCAUGGACGUGCUGUUCCAAGAAAUGCUAUGCACCCGCCUUACACAUUAACAGGUCAUAAUGGAAAUGCAUUUGAAUCAAGUGGCACGUCUGGCAUCUCAGCCUCACUAUAUUCAGAGAAAAAUGCAAUAAAUGCACGUGAAAUUGAGGUGGACUUGGGUUCAAAUAAUGGUAAUUUCCCCAGGGAAUCUUUUUCGAGUAACGGAACACUGAACUCAAGCUCUUCUUGUGAAAAGAUCUCGGUCAAAGUAAGCAAGAGAUCUAAGAGCCCCAGUCCUACCGUUUCAGUAUCUCAAAGAUCAACGCCGAAAGCUUCAAGAGAAUACCCAUGUCCGGGGAUAGAAAAGAAGAUGGCCUGCAUGACAAAUGACACUAAAAUCCCUCAAAGUGGUGCUUCUGCAACUGUCCCUACACAAGGCAACAGUGGCAUCGCAAAAAUGGGAGAUGCAAUGAUGAUGGGCCUGAAGAAGUUACCGAAACUCCCCAGAUGGGACACAUCGGGAAUUGCAAGCGACAGUCCUAAGAAUAAGGUGUUGUUUCCUUAUGAGGAAUUUGUCAAGUUCUUUCAUUACGAAGUGUGUGACUUAUCUCCGCGAGGCCUUUUGAAUUGCGGAAACAGUUGCUAUGCCAAUGCCGUAUUGCAAUGUUUGACCUGCACGAAGCCUCUGAUCAUCUACCUGCUUCGGAGAUCACAUUCAAAAACAUGCUGGGCAAAAGAUUGGUGCCUCAUGUGUGAACUUGAGCAGCACAUAUUGAUGUUGAGGGAAGGUGGGGGCCCGCUGUCUCCCAGCAGAAUUCUGUCGCACAUGCGGAAUAUUGGCUGCCGGAUGGGUGGUGGAGAUCAGGAAGAUGCCCAUGAAUUUUUAAGGCUUCUUGUUACAUCUAUGCAAUCUAUAUGCCUUGAGGGAAUGGGUGGUGAGAAGGAAGUCGAUUCCAGUUUACAAGAAACAACAUUGAUACAACAGAUUUUUGGUGGUCGUCUUAGAUCAAAGGUCAAGUGUCUGAAAUGCCAUCAUGAGUCUGAACGAUAUGAAAACAUUAUGGAUCUUACAUUGGAGAUACAGGGUUGGGUUGAGUCAUUGGAGGAUGCACUUACUCAAUUUACAGCUCCUGAGGAUUUGGAUGGGGAGAAUAUGUACAGAUGUGGAAGGUGUGCUGCGUAUGUUAAAGCCAGAAAGCAGUUGAGCAUACAUGAGGCGCCAAACAUCCUCACGAUAGUUUUAAAGCGAUUUCAGACAGGGAAAUAUGGCAAAAUUAAUAAAUGCAUCUCUUUCCCUGACAUGCUGGACAUGAUUCCAUUCAUGACCGGGACUGGCGACAGCCCUCCCCUUUACACGCUGUAUGGCGUCGUCGUGCAUUUGGACACAUUGAAUGCAUCAUUCUCUGGGCAUUACGUGUCAUACGUGAAAGAUUUGCAAGGGACAUGGUUGAGGAUAGAUGACACUGAGGUCGAGCCAGUGCCGAUGAGUCAGGUGAUGUCAGAAGGUGCAUACAUCCUAUUUUACUCAAGGUCUCACCCACGGCCCCCUAGAGUACAUGCGAGGAGAAAUUCCUCAUUCCAAGCUCCAUCUUCUGCCAAGCAUUGGAUUCCCAAACCCCAAAAGUCUUCUAGACAUGGGCAAUGCAAACCAAGCAGCAUCAUGUUUUCCUCAGGGCGUCCAUCGCCGCUUCAUGCUGCAGGCCGUAACAUCCUACCCACAGAGCAAACUCAUGCAGACUCAAUAUGCACGGACUACUCUGAUGCCACAUCAAGCGACUGGUCCCUUUUCACAAGCUCAGAUGAAUCAUCUUUUACCACCGAGAGUACCCGAGAUUCGUUCAGCACCGUAGAUUAUGGUGACCCACUUAACAUCGAUCCAUUUCCCUCAAUAUUUAGCCCAUUAUACGGAGCUCCGGAGUAUUCCAACAACAUCUGCAAAACGUCCUCGCCUUGCAGGCCACAGACGAGAUUCUUCUCGGAGACUAACAGUUUUGUUUUGGAUUCUUCAAUGUCGAAUCAACCGCUCGGCAGUGUACAUAAGGGAAGGAAUCCGGAACGGGUCAGUGUUUCUUCUCCAACUGAGUCUCUAACUUCAGCAGCACAUAACUGCAGUAUGUCUGUCAGAUACGGGAGUAAUUCUAAAGGUAGUUUUGCUCGAACAUGUGGUUGUUGUGAGCUGUAGUCAGUAGAUUCUUGUAGUUCUAGGUGUGGCCCACUUGAUGUGAUUGGUCCCUUAGAAUUAGAUAUGCCUCAGAUGUUUCUGUUUUUAGUGAAAUGGGGCAUCCCUCAAUCAAUGGUCUUGUGGGAAAUUUUCUGUCACAUUUCCUCCUUUUUCUUUUUUCGAACAAUGUUUAGUGAAAUAGACAGUUGAAAGUAAAACACCACAAAUCAAGUGAUUUUUCUUUAUUUGA